CCGUUUCUUUCCUCGAACUUUCCGACGACCCAAAGAAUACAUCCACAAGAAGAAAAACGAAAUCCUUAAAAUCUCGAACCAAAGAGGAAAUCAGAAAACGAGUAUCUCUUACCCUCGGAAAAAACCCUGCCAUGACCGAUCACCACCCCCGGUUCGGCCAACUACGGUCCACAUCCCAGAUCCUUAAAAAAACAACCGUGCAGUUCACCGCCCACCCUUUCACAUUCCUCUUCCUUUCUUUCCUGCUCCUCUCGUUCCGUUCCUUAGUUGAAUCCGGUUCCCUUCUCCUCACUUCCUUUAUAGACCGCGAUCCUUCUUUCAAAUCCCUCCUUUCCCGCGUCGACCUUCACCCUGCCCACCCCCACGCGCGUCUCCAGCCUACUCUUCGCCACACGCGCCGCCCUUUCCUCCACCUCACUCGCGUCGGCACUCUCGACGACGACUUCUUUUCGACCGACGAUGAUCACCGCGACCGCUCUCUCUUGGGUUCUUUCUCUAACCGCCCCCUUAACGACACGCCGCUGAUUCUUUCCAACUUCGACACUAAAUUGGGGUUUUCUCAUUUCGUUGAGGAUAACGGAAUUCUGCUACCGGAAAUUGUUCGUUAUGGAGUCAAAUUCAAAACGACCACGUUUGACUACGAAAACAGCGAAAGCGAACAACAAGAAGAAAGAAUUGUGGAUUAUCAGUUCGUUUAUAAAGGAUUGGAGUUGAGCCACCGUGACGCAGCGGCGCUCUUCUUUCUCGUCAGCUUUUUGUCGGCGGCGUAUGGAUGGGUAAUUCUAGGGUUUACAGCGAUUUACUCUUUGGUUUUGGGUGUUCUUUUUGUUACAGUUGUUAAUGGCUUGAUUGGAAGAUUUGUUUCCUUUUUUGGGGCUUUUUGGGAUGGGUCAAAAGUGGGUUUAAAAAGACUCACUGGAUUCGUUUUAAUGAAAUGGGCUGUAAGAGACGCGGUGACUCAGCUUCUUGGAUUAUGGUAUUUUGGGGAAAUUGAGGAUCACUACUCUUUUUUUAUGCUUUUUGUUAGGUUAAAGUUGCUGCCUUUUUCGGUUAUGGCACCGUGGAUUAGAGGUUAUGAGAAGGAGAUUUCAGGGUUUCUAUUUACGUGGUUUUUGAUGGAUACUUUAGUUUCAUUUGCAUUCUCGUUAGCUGCUUGGAUUGCCAUUGUGGAUUCGAGGAGAACCGGGAGGGAAAUUAUUAAAGAAGGUUAUUAUUUGAUGUCAACACUGUUGAACCAAGCGAUACAGAUUAAGUGUUACGAAGCUAUCUUAGGUGGGUCUUUGGCAAGAUGGGUUUUGGCUCAUAUAGGUGGGGAAUUUUUUGCUACAGUUAUUCAGGCAGCUUUGGAGGUGUAUUUCAUGGUGGCUUGGUUGAUAUUUUACUUUGUGGUGAGGUGUAGGGAAGCUAAUGCAGAGGGUAGGAGGUAUGGGAGGAGAGAAUUGGAGGCUUUGAUUGAUGGACUUACAUGAUAAUCAAGCGGGAAAAAAUGGGUGAAAGUUUCUUUUGCUGCUCGAAUGUUCGAUUCUGACACUGAAGAUAGUGGCGACCUUUUCAAACGUUUUGAAUCUUCCUGUUUUUGCAGUGCUAAUGAUGCAAUACUGCCAUUGUUUGGUUACUUUUUCGUUGAUGGUUUCAAUGAGAAUGAUAAUGGUUUCGCAUGCUCCAAAUAAUGCUGAUGCUGUUACACUUAGACUGUUAUCUUUGUGGUGUGGCCUUUUUUCCUUUUCUCUUUGUGUUUAUGCUAAUGUAAUGAGUUUCUCUAUUUGCACUGUAUGAGCCAUUUCUUGUUUUUACCCCGCUUUUGAUGGAGAAAUUUUGUUUGUAAGUGUCAACUGACAUUUGCUAUCUUUUGGUCCAUUAAAUAAUUAAAUGAGGAAAAAACAAAGGCUUUAAGUUUGGAAUGCUGGACAAUCUUAUUGAUUUUGCAUGGUACUAUCUUGUAGAGUUAAUUUGAUGAGCUUUAGGCACAAAACAAUCAUCAGGUUGACAAAGGUUAUUUAUGAGAGAUGUAAUGAAGUUAGUUAAUAAGAGUUUAGUCAUGAAAGGCCCACUUCAGGUCUUGCCCUAGUAUCCUAUAUGCUUACUUUGGCUGCAAGUUUUUUAAUUUGCAUUUUAUUGGAGUGAGGAAAAGUAGAAGUUGUAGAAAUUGAGUGGGAGGCAUGCUGUUACAUACGUGUUUUUUGCUGUAAUAGGCAGAUUAUUGGGAAUUUGACAUGCAAUUUUAGGAAAUAUUAGGUGAUGUUUCUAUGCCAGGGUAUCAGGAGAGAAAAUCUGAGUUGACAAUGAUGUGUUUUGACAUGGGCUGAGAUGAGAAGUGAGAUAAAAGCAUGUAAAAUUGCCUAGAUUAAGGCAGGUUCUGCAUUUUUUAACCUUUUGUAUUAAAGAUUUUUUAAAGGUUAUGGCAAAUUGCUUGUAAUUGUAGCUAAGUUGCUGAUUGUUGUGGAAGUUCAAUAAGUUGGUGUGGUGAAUUAAGAUCUAAGGGGAUCUAUAUUAGACAACUGAAUGUAACAGACUUUAAUGAUGAAUGUCCUCUUAUAUCUUUACAAGGUUCAAAUCACUAAAAUGAUGUAACAUAGGAUUAAAUUGCGAACAUUAUCCUCAAAAUGGAUCCUGUUAUUCCAAUGUUUUUGGCUAUUGG